CUUUCCAAGAUCGCCAAAGUCGUUAGUGUCAGAAAGUCUAUUGCAUUUGAAGAUGUAUUUGUAGAUUAUAAAAAGUUUACAUAUGUGGAUGAAGAUAAUUUGACUUUACUAACAAAAAAGGCACAAGUGUUUUUUCUGAAAAUCUUUGGUAAUGUUUAUCAAAGAUUAGGUCAAAGUUCUAUCGUCGAAGGCCAGAGAGAAAAAAUUACUUACAAACUAGCAUCAUUGGAACUUGUUGUAGACAAUAAGCAAAUAUCAUUAGAGUUUAGCAGUGAGCAUUUGCCAUUAUAUGCCAAAUUCAAUUAUUGUCAUAGAUUACUAUACGACAGGACAGGUAUAAAAAAUAAUGUCACUUCUUUACUUUCAUAUUUAAGUAAAUUAGAUAAAUCAAAAUCGAAUCUUGAAGAGAUUUUUGAAGCUGAUGAAGAUAGUUCACAAGAUCAGAGAAUAGAAAAUGAAAAUAAUAUAUUAGAAGUAUUUCAGAAAGAUAAGCAAGUGUUGUCAAGAGUGAAGCAAGCUUAUUCUGCAGCUCUUGAAAAAUUUUUGAAUACUAAUAUU